AUGGGCAAUACAUGUCGUGGAUCUUAUGCAGUAAGAGUCGAUGAGGGCUUUGAUCAACCCGAAAAAAAGUCUGCUUCCAAGAGAAAUAACAAGCCUUCAAACUACCCAUCCACAGCUUUGAACCCUCAAAACCGUGCACCCGAAAAGACCAGGAAAAAAGAUUCCAAUAUAAAAAAACCAAAUUCAAAUCCCAUAUCAAAACCUCGGAUUAAAGAAACCACCAUGAACCGCCACAACGCCAAUCAGGCUUAUUAUGUCCUUGGUCAUAAAACCGCCAACAUUCGUGAUCUUUACACAUUGGGUCAAAAGCUCGGUCAAGGGCAGUUUGGUACAACUUAUUUAUGCACCGAGAAUUCAACGGGUAUAAGAUACGCCUGCAAAUCUAUCGCCAAGAGGAAGUUGAUUUCAAAAGAGGAUGUCGAGGAUGUUAGAAGGGAGAUUCAAAUAAUGCACCAUUUAACGGGUCACAAGAAUAUUGUAACAAUUAAGGGUGCAUAUGAAGAUCCUUUGUAUGUUCAUAUUGUUAUGGAGCUUUGUAACGGUGGAGAAUUAUUUGAUAGGAUUAUUCAAAGAGGUCAAUAUAGUGAGAGGAAGGCUGCCAAAUUGACAAAGAUUAUUGUUAGUGUUGUUGAGGUGUGCCAUUCGCUUGGAGUUAUGCAUAGAGAUCUAAAGCCCGAGAACUUUUUGUUGGUUAACAAAGAUGAUGAUUUCUCAGUCAAGGCCAUUGAUUUUGGACUCUCUAUUUUCUUCAAGCCAGGUCAAAUUUUCACGGAUGUGGUUGGAAGCCCGUAUUAUGUUGCUCCCGAGGUGCUAUUGAAGCAUUACGGGCCAGAAGCAGAUGUAUGGACCGCAGGGGUGAUACUUUAUAUACUUCUAAGUGGUGUACCACCAUUUUGGGCUGAAACACAACAAGGGAUAUUUGAUGCAGUUUUGAAGGCACAUAUAGACUUUGAAUCAGACCCGUGGCCCCUUAUAUCGGAUAGUGGAAAGGAUCUUAUUAAGAAGAUGUUAUGUUCUCAUCCUGCAAAACGGUUAACUGCUCAUCAAGUUCUUUGUCAUCCAUGGAUAUGCGAAAAUGGUGUCGCUCCUGAUAGAGCAAUUGAUCCUGCGGUUCUUUCUCGUUUGAAGCAGUUUUCUGCAAUGAAUAAGUUAAAGAAAAUGGCUUUGCGGGUAAUAGCCGAAAGCUUGUCUGAAGAAGAGAUAGCCGGUUUGAGGGAAAUGUUCAAGGCGAUGGAUACGGAUAACAGUGGUGCAAUAACGUUUGAUGAGCUUAAAGCCGGUUUAAAAAGGUUCGGGUCAACUUUAAAAGACACAGAGAUUCGAGACCUUAUGGAUGCGGCUGAUGUGGAUAACAGUGGCACAAUAGACUAUGGAGAGUUUGUAGCUGCUACAAUGCAUCUGAAUAAAUUGGACCGAGAGGAGCAUCUUGUUUCUGCAUUCCGAUAUUUUGAUAAGGAUGGAAGUGGCUAUAUUACGGUUGAUGAGCUUCAACAAGCGUGUAUAGAUCAUAAUAUGACUGAUUUUCUUGUGGAGGAUAUCAUUAAGGAAGUCGAUCAAGAUAAUGAUGGAAGGAUCGACUAUGGGGAAUUCGUUGCUAUGAUGACAAAAGGAAAUGCAGGAAUAGGAAGACGAACUAUGAGAAACAGUCUUAAAAGCAUGCGAGGGGAUAACCAGCAUCCCGACUCGUACAUUAAUUAG